UGCUUUUCCCUCCCUUCAAAUUUUCACUUCCCCGAAAAAAUGAACCACCUCACACGCCUCUAACGGCUACCUCUCUCUCUCUCUCUCUCACUCUGUCUCUCUCGAACAUAAACUAAAACACUCGAGUCUAAAAAUCACCGAAAAGGCAAAAACCCUAGAAAUUAAAGAUCCACGAAAUGCAAGACAUUUUUGGAUCGGUUCGUCGAUCCUUAGUGUUUAAAUCGACUUCAGGAGGAGGCGGAGAAGAUGGAGGAUUCAGUGGUUUCGUUGAGAAAAUCGGCUCUAGCAUUCGCAAAUCGCGAAUCGGCCUCUUCGCCAAGCCUUCAAUACCGUCCUUGCCUCCGCCAUCUAAAAAAGAAGAUGCGCCGCCGAUCAGAUGGAGAAAGGGUGAGUUGAUUGGAUGCGGCGCUUUUGGUAGGGUGUAUAUGGGGAUGAAUCUUGAUUCUGGAGAGCUUCUCGCUGUUAAACAGGUUUCGAUUGCUGCCAGUAGUGCUUCUAAGGAGAAAACGCAGGCACACAUCAGAGAGCUCGAGGAAGAAGUGAAGCUUCUCAAGAAUCUUUCGCAUCCAAAUAUUGUUAGAUACCUGGGAACUGCCAGAGAGGAUGAUUCGUUGAAUAUUUUAUUGGAAUUUGUACCGGGUGGAUCCAUAUCAUCGUUACUGGGAAAAUUUGGAUCUUUCCCUGAGUCGGUAAUAAGAAUGUAUACGAAACAGCUGUUGUUGGGAUUGGGAUACCUUCACAAGAAUGGUAUUAUGCAUAGGGACAUCAAGGGGGCAAACAUUCUUGUUGAUAACAAGGGUUGCAUUAAACUUGCUGACUUUGGAGCAUCCAAGAAAGUAGUUGAACUGGCUACUAUAAAUGGUGCCAAGUCAAUGAAAGGUACUCCAUAUUGGAUGGCUCCCGAGGUUAUUCUCCAGACUGGGCAUAGCUUUUCUGCUGAUAUAUGGAGCGUUGGUUGUACUGUGAUUGAGAUGGCCACAGGGAAACCUCCAUGGAGUCAACAGUAUCAGGAGGUUGCUGCUCUCUUCCACAUUGGGACAACUAAAUCUCAUCCUCCAAUUCCUGAACAUCUAUCUAUUGAGGCAAAGGAUUUCUUAUUAAAAUGUCUUCAGGAGGUACCAAACUUAAGGCCUGCUGCAUCUGAGUUAUUGCAGCAUCCAUUUGUCACUGGGGAUUAUCAGGAAACUCAUUCAGUAUUCCGCAACUCAGUUAGAGAAUCUGGAAAUCUGAUAGCUGCGACCGGGUCGAAUCUCAAGAGCUCCAUGAACUCUGUGAUCAGAAGGUCAACAUGUGCAGGAUUGAAGGAUGUUUGUGAAAUGGGUAGUAUGAAGUCCUCAACUGUAUAUCGUGAUAAUUUGUCAACAUCAAGAUCCUACUGGGGUGCAGCAAAUUUUGAUGAUGACAUGUGUCUGAUAGAUGAUAAAGAUGAUUUUGCGGUUAGUGCAUCCACUGGGUUCAAAUCUACCUUAGCAUCUGCUGAUUUAAAUAAGAGUGUCAACCCAAUGUGCGAACCCUUGGAUGACUGGCCAUGCAAGUUUCAUGAGGAUCCAUUGUUUAAGAGAAGUGGAUAUAACUUGUCUUGCAGUCAAUUAAACCAUGAAGCUAGAAGUGGAUAUAACUUGUCUUGCAGUCAAUCAAACCAUGAAGCUAUUGAUAUCCAUGAAGCAUCCGGUAGGGGACAGAACGACUUCACAUUUCCAUGUGGUCCAGUGGUACCUGAGGAUGAUGAUGAAGUUACCGAGUCAAAAAUUAGAGCAUUUUUGGAUGAGAAGGCUUUAGAUUUGAAGAAGCUGCAGACACCUCUAUAUGAAGAGUUUUACAACAGCACUUUGAAUACCAUGGGUGCCCCAACUGCAGUUGGAACAGAAAACAGUGAAAAUCCUACUCAUUUACCGAGUUUACCCCCCAAAAGCAGGUCACCCAAACGUUUGCCUAGCAGAAGACUCUCUGCAGUUGUUGAUGCUCCCAGCAUUGCAAGUCCUGGUCGUCAAACUAAUCAUGUAGCAAACGAAAGUAGUAUACACAAUCGAGCUUUGCAGGAAAUUCAGCCACCUCAGCUUAGUGAGUGGAAAGAGUUUCUUCAUGAUGGCCAGCAGGAAACACUUACGUCUAGGUGUGUUUGCCACUAUUUGUUGCCUGGUUUAUCUUAAUUUUACUAAAGAAUCACAUCUGAAAUAUGUUUGUUACCUGAGAAUGACAUUACUUUGACUUGCAGUACAAACUUCUCUGAGAGGCAAAGAAAAUGGGAAGAAGAGCUUUAUCAAGAACUUGAAAGAAAACGAGGCAAGUUUUAA